CCCUAGUCGACAUUUGCUAGAGGCGCAAAAACAUCGAGAGAGUCCUUUCCAGUACGCAACACAUUCGAAAGCGACAACCACAAAUACCGUCGCCAUGCCUACCCGUUUCUCGAAGACCCGCAAGCACCGCGGCCAUGUUUCUGCCGGUCACGGUCGUGUAGGAAAGCACAGAAAGCAUCCGGGUGGUCGUGGUAUGGCCGGUGGUCAGCACCACCACCGUACCAACAUGGAUAAGUACCAUCCCGGUUACUUCGGUAAGGUUGGUAUGCGUUACUUCCACAAGCAGCAAGCCCACUUCUGGAAGCCCGUCAUCAACCUCGACAAGCUCUGGUCUCUCGUCCCCACCGAGACCCGCGACGCCUACGUCUCCGGUGCCAAGAAGGACACCGUCCCCGUCCUCGACCUCCUCUCCCUCGGCUACUCCAAGGUUCUCGGCAAGGGUCGCCUGCCCGAGAUCCCCCUCGUCGUCCGCGCCCGCUGGGUCUCUUCUCUCGCUGAGAAGAAGAUCAAGGAGGCUGGCGGUGUUGUCGAGCUCGUUGCGUAAUUGACGAGUCGUCGGAAAGAAGAAAGUGUUUUAUCAUGAAACGGCGGAUGAUUCUAAAAAGAGAAAAAAGAGGAACCUAAGAGAAGCAAGGGCAUUGGGGCUCUUGUGGAUUUAUUUUGUUGUUGAAACCGGUUUACUUACUUUUUGUAAAGGGUCCCUCCCAUACUGGUGCGGGCCUGGGUUGGUCGGCUUCGAGCAUUGCAUCUGGGACUCUGGAACGGAGUUUAACGAAUAAAAUCGAAAUUAUCACCCAU